AUGAGCUUGACCAUACCUGGGUUAGAUCUUAUAAAGAACGAAAUCUCAGAGAUAAGAAGUGGAAACCUUCGUUACACGAUUGCUUAUCUAUCGAUAAAGGAGCCUAUAUCGCUGUCUGUUGUCAGGAGUGGAGGAAGAAUCAAGAAUUUUGAUUACAAGAGAAAAUACACUAUAGAGGAGCUUCAUGAAACUUUCGAAGAAUUUUUGGAGGGCAUUAAUGAGAAGGACCCUUGCUUUGUAGUAUAUGACUUCAUACAUUUUGAUGAUGACGGAAUUCAGAAGAACACACUCUGUUUGAUUUCUUACAUUCCUGAGCAUCUUAUGCCCCUUGAGAAGGUUGCGUACUCCACCAAUGUCUUAAAUCUCAAGGAUCUGCUGGAUAUCUCUGUUCACAUUCCCAUAAAGAAGAAAUCCGAUUUCAUCUUUGAUGAUAUUGCUGAAAAGUGUGCAGCAUCACGAAUGAAAUAA